AUGAAUUCACAGUGCGCACAACGAUCACCCCGAGCAGCAGCAAGCGGAACGCAGCCGGAGGAAAAGGCGAAGCUCACAGCUGCAGUUCCACUUCCGCACGCCGCACACAGCUGCAGGGCCCCGCUCCCCGCACCGUCACCCCACACGGCCCCCGCACGCCCGGCCCGCUCUCUCUCCCGCUCCCGUUCCGCCGACCCCGCCGACCCUCAGCGGGAGCGGCCCUCACCGCCGCCGCGGAUCGCUGCAGCCGUUGCCGCGGCAACCGGGCGUCAGCAGCCGCUGCUCCGCUGCUCCUCGCGCACCUUGGAGCGUGCAGCGCCUCGCGCCCCCGGGAGGCGGCUGUCACUGCACGGACACGGCGCCCGGGGAGCCCUGGAGAUCAGCGCGCUUGCUGAUCCUCCCGCGGAUUCUCAGUGUGGGCUGCUGGCGCGCUUUGGCUCUCCGAUUUCAGUGCCAGACCCGCGUCGGGCAGAACGCCGGGAAGGCGCCGGGCACCCACCAGCCCGGGGGGGUUGCAGGGCAGGCAGGGGAGGAGGGAGUACGGCAGACGCCCGCCUCGUCCUCCUACGCCCGCAGCUCUUGUGCCGGGGAACGGGCGGCAUGAGCGGCGGAGCGGCGGCGGGGGCUGCGCUGCUGGCCCUGGCGCUGGCGGCGGCAGGGGAGGGGGCGGCGGUGCUGCGGGACGGCGGUUACGAUGGGUUGCUGGCCGCCGUGCAUCCCCGCGUGCCGGAGGACGGCCGGCUCGUCGCACGCCUCCAGGAGAUGAUCACCGAAGCUUCCUCUUAUCUGUUCAGUGCUACAAAAGGCAGGGUCUAUUUCAGAAGCGUGAAGAUUCUGAUACCUCCGACGUGGAAAGAGAAAGGUUAUGAGAAACCAAAACACGAGACCUAUGAAAAGGCAGAUGUCAUAGUGGCAGCUCCUUAUUGGAGGCAUGGCGAUGACCCAUACACCUUGCAACAUGAAGCUUGUGGAAAAAUGGGAAAAUACAUCCAUUUCACACCUAACUUCUUAGCAAACGAUUAUGUGACAGACAUCUAUGGCUCACGGGGCAGAACCUUUGUACAUGAGUGGGCCCACCUUCGUUGGGGGGUCUUUGAUGAGUAUGACAAUGACAGACCAUUCUAUGUCACUGGACAGAAUCAGGUUAAAGUUACAAGAUGUUCCUCUGAUCUUACUGGAAUCUAUGUCUGUGAAAAAAACUCCUGCACUGAUGGUAGUUGUGUCAUUAAUAAGCUAACAGGACUUUUUAAGGAAGGAUGUGCAUUUAUUCCUGAGAGGAAUCAGACUGCAGUAUCUUCAAUAAUGUAUAUGCAGAGUUUAUCAUCUGUGGCAGAAUUCUGCAAUGAGCAUAAUCAUAACAGAGAAGCACCCAAUUUGCAGAAUCGAAUGUGUGACUACAGAAGCACAUGGGAAGUAAUUAAAAACUCUACAGAUUUUGAAAAUGAUCUUCCAUUGACCAGCAGCAGCCUUAUUAGUCCUCCCUCUUUCUCACUGCUUCAGAAGAGAGACAGAGUCAUCUGUUUAGUUCUUGAUGUUUCCAAGACUAUAGCUGGGGGUAACUGGAUCAUUAGAUUGCAUCAAGCAGCAGAACUGUAUUUACUGCAAAUUGUGGAAGAAAACACUUAUGUUGGUAUUGUCACAUUCAGUGACAAAGGAGAGAUCAAAACUCACGUGCACCAGAUAGUCAGCAACGAAGCACGGAAACAGCUUGCUUCAUAUCUCCCUACAGCUCCAGGGGGGAAGAGGGCAAAUGUUUGCACAGGCCUGAGGCUGGCGUGUGAGGUCAUUAGGAAGAAAGAAGGACAUCUGUAUGGAUCUGAAAUUAUACUGGUGACAGGUGGACAGGACGAUAGUACAGGCAGGUGUUUUUCCGAAGUGAUUAAUGGUGGAUCAGUCAUCCAUACCAUUACUGUUGGGUCCUCAGCUGCUAAGGAAAUCGAACACUUUUCCAAAGAGACAGGAGGAUUUAAGUUUUUUGUCCCAGAAAGGCUGGACUUCAGUGACUUACUGGAUGUUUUCUCUGGAAUUAUGUCCAGAAGUGGAGACACAUUCCAUCAAUCUGUUCAGAUUGAAAGUGCUGCUGAAAGUGUUGCAGGGUACAGGCAACUCAGGAGGACAGUGACUAUUGAUGGCACUGUGGGACGAGAAACCUUCUUUGUAGCCACAUGGCAAGCUGCUGAACCACCAGAAAUCAUCCUGAUUGAUCCGAUUGGAAGAAGCUACACCAUCAAGGACUUUGAAUUAGAUUCAGUAUUCCACUUAGCUCGCCUCCAGAUUCCAGGAACUGCAGAGACAGGAGACUGGGCAUACACAUUGAUAAAUGUUCACCUGGCUCCUCAAGUUCUGACAAUGACAGUAACUUCUCGAGCAGCAAAUUCUACUCUACCCACUGUGUCUGUGAAAACCUAUAUGAGUAAAGAUACAACUUACUAUCCCAGUGCAAUGGUUGUCUAUGUACAGAUUAGCCAAGGCUUUUCCCCUAUUCUUGGGGCAAAUGUGACUGCCAUUUUCAGUUCAGAGAAUGGAGAUAUGGUUUCCUUGGAACUUCUGGACAAUGGAGCAGGUUCUGACAUUAUUAAGAAUGAUGGCAUCUAUUCCAAGUACUUGUUUUCUUUCUCUGGGAAUGGAAGAUACAGCCUAAAAGUUCAUGUCCAAGCUAACAGGACUACCGUGCCACAGACUGCAAUGCCAUGGAGUCAUGCCAUGUAUAUACCAGGUUAUGUAGAAAAUGGUAAACUCAAGAUGAACCCAUCAAGACCCCCAGCUAUUAAAAAUAAUAUUCAGGUCAGAAGAGGAGGUUUUUCUAGAACAGCUGUGGGAGACUCUUUCACAGUAUCUGCAGUUCCAAUAGCACCUUAUGUUGAUGUUUUUCCACCAUGUAAAAUUAUUGACCUUGAUGCCAGAAUGGAAGAUGAUAAAGUCAUUCUAUCAUGGACUGCACCAGGAGAUGAUUUUGACGAAGGCCAAGCCACAAGUUAUGAAAUCAGAACAAGUGAGACUCCUCUGGAAUUAAGAGACAGCUUCUAUAACACUACAUUUGUGAAUACUUCCACUCUAUCACCUCAGCGUGCUGGCUGCACAGAAAUAUUUGUGUUUAAACCAGAAGCUUUUACAGCAGGGAACAUAACCGUAAUCUAUGUUGCAAUACGUGCUGUGGAUGAAGUUUUUCUUCGCUCUGAGCUAUCUAAUAUUGCACAAGCAGUAAUGUUUAUUCCUCCAAUGGCAUACACCCCUUCUAAUUUGAAGUUUGGUGUUUCAACAAUAUUGUUACUAUUCUUUGUAUUAUUAACAGCAGUGUGUCUAACAGUAAGUACAAGCCUUUGUUUAGUAAAGAAAAAGAAGAAAAAGAAUCUUUCAGAAAAUACAGCUAAGCUGCUUCAACAUAAAGUGUAAGCUUGUCAGAGCUCUGGGUACUUUAAAACAUUUUACUGCUUAGACUUGUAAAAGUAAAUAUCCUACAAUAAACAGAGUGAACAAUCAGAUUCC